UUGCUCCUAGCAAGCCUUUCAUUCACCAUUUGAAAUCUCCAAGAAAGCGAGUUUUCGUAUAUUCCCAGAAACUAACUAUCUAAUCUCUCUCUCUCUCUAUAUUUGAAUUUCUCUAUUCGGUACCUGGGCGAGUCAAAUCUUAGUGGAUCGGGAUGACACAGUGGACUCGCCGCGAGGACAAGCUCCUCGAGCAAGCUAUCGUAAUGUUUCCUGAUGAUUCCCCCAACCGCUGGGAGAAGAUUGCUGACGCCGUCCCCGGCGCCACCGUCGAUUUGGUCUUGCAACGAUACCACGAUCUUCUACACGAUGUCGCCGAGAUUGAUGCUGGUCGCAUCCCGAUUCCGGCCUUCCCUGACUUUCCCUCCGAUGCUGAGCCCUCCUCCUCCGAUUGGAACUCCGCUAGUCAAAUUUCUUUUAACUCGAAGCCACCCAAGAAUUCUGAUACCGACAGAAAGAAGGGCACGCCUUGGACUGAGGAAGAACACAGGCUAUUCCUAAGAGGAUUGGAGAAAUAUGGCAAGGGAGAUUGGAGGAGCAUUUCUAGAAAUGUUGUGGUGACUAGAACACCAACUCAGGUAGCUAGCCAUGCUCAGAAAUAUUUUAAUCGCCAAAGGGAAAAAACAAAGAAAGAAAGGAAAAGAGCAAGCAUCCAUGAUAUCACAACUGCUGACACCAACCUGGAACUUGUAGAUCAAAACCAGGUCGCUCCUUCAAGCCUUCAAACCCAAGUUGCCUCUUCAGGUCUUCCAGUGCAUCAGUCAUCGCCAAUGCUCCAGUUUAACCCACAAAAUCCUUCAAUUGAUCCAACCCUUGGGUUUGGGUACCCAAACUAUGCUUUUCCUAUCUAGAGAUGGAUUUUAUGCACUGUUGGUGUAUAAAUGACUUCAUUCAUCCUAUUUUGCAAGUUUUUGGAGUAUUUGUGUCGAAUUUAAAAUAUAUAGAUGACUUCAUACGUCAGUUUGAAUUAGCCACCAAAACCCCCAAGGGCUGAACAAAUAGGACGAAUGACCUGCAGAUUGUUUGAUAGGCUUUUGAUUGAUCAAUCGCAAACUGUAACAUUCCAAUCUGUAGGUUGUAAAAUAACUUGUAUGUUUUGUAUAUAGAUGACUUGAUUCAUCUUAUUUAUUAAGUCUCUAGGAUUUUGAUGGGUAAUCCAAAUUAUUGUACCUUACAAGUAUUAGGCAAGAGUGUUUCCAAGA